GCAAAACUUACUCGGCUGCACAAGUUUUAUUUCCCCAAGCACCGCCGACACAAUCGCGCCCAAGCGGUGCACUCAACGACGCCGACAUGAAGAUUGCAUAUCUCUCGAUCGGGAUAUUGUCCCUCCUCAGCCCGCUGACCGCGGCAUGGGACAAGGAAGACCGCGAAAUCUUCCGCAUCCGCGAUGAGAUCGCGGCGCACGAGCCGAACCCUGGGGCUACAUUCUACGAGAUCCUGGGCAUCCUCCCGAGCGCGUCGCAGGAUGACAUCAACAAGGCAUAUCGCAAGAAGACGAGGUCGCUGCACCCAGACAAGGUCAAGCAGCAGCUCAAGGCCGACCGCGCCAAAGCUGCUGCCUCCAAGAAGGCCAAGUCGGGCGGCGGCGGCGUGCACGUUGCGAAGCCGCCCACUUCGGCCGAGAUCAGGACGGCCGUCAAGCAGGCCUCGGAGUGCCAGGCCCGCCUGUCCCUCAUCGCCAACAUCCUGCGCGGCUCAUCCCGCCAGCGGUACGACCAUUUCCUCUCCAACGGAUUCCCGCUCUGGAAGGGCACCGACUACUACUACAACCGCUACCGGCCCGGCCUGGGCACCGUCAUGCUGGGACUGUUCGUGCUCGGCGGCGGAGCCAUCCACUACCUCGUCCUGUACAUGAGCUGGAAGCGGCAGAAGGAGUUUGUCCAGCGCUACGUCAAGUUCGCCAGGGACACGGCGUGGGGCAGCAUGGGCAUCCCCGGCGUAAGCGCAGCGCCUGCACCCGCGCCUGCGCCCGCGUCCGACUCGGACGACGAGGCCCCUCCCAUGCCCAUGAACAGAAAGCAGCGGCGUAUGCAAGAGAAGGAGUCCAAAAAGGAAGAUGGCCGCGGUCGCUCCAAGAAGGCGAGCCGCAAGGCGCAGAGCGCCACGCCCCCCGACACUUCAGCUGGUCCCGCGCCCACUGGGGCGCGCAAGAGGGUUGUCGCCGAGAAUGGCAAGGUCCUUGUUGUCGACUCCCUCGGCGACGUCUUUCUUGAAGAAGCGGACGAGGAGGGCAACGUCAACGAGUAUCUACUUGAUCCCGAUGAACUCCUGCAGCCGACGAUCAAGGACACAGCGGUCGUCCGUGUCCCUCUCUGGUUCUUCAAUAAGACUGUCGGUCGCUUUGUGACCAAGAAGCACGAGGAACUUGGCGCCCAAGAUUUCCACGACGAUUCGGACACCCCACAGCAUACCCCCACCACUGACUCGGCUGGCGAGGAUUUUGAGAUGUUGGACAAGAGCAUCGACUCGCUCAGCAAGGUAAAGACGACCGGCGCCCAGAGUGGCGGCAAGGCCAACAAGCGCAAGGGCAAGAAGAGGUAGGCUGCGUUAGUGCGGCAAGGCGACUUGACCAUCAUUGGCGAGGAAAAAAUUGUCGUGUUCAUGUAUGUUGAGGGAACGUGUAAAUGUAGAAGCGUAACUGCAGUAGACUAUUGAAUAUGAAAGAUGGCUACCAAGGGCCGCCUUUGAAGACG